CUUGCAAAUAAGAAUAAUGCAUGAUCUUUUUAAGCAAGAAUUCAUCACUCCAUUUUUAGCUGGCCUACUGAUGGGUACAGGAAUUGCAUAUGGAUAUCGUAACUUCCGAUUUUUACUUUCUGGGCCAUCCAGAACCAUUUCAUUAAAUAAUAAACUUGUAUUAGUUGUUAGAAACGAUUUAGGCAUGUCCAAAGGCAAAAUAGCAGCACAGUGCUCUCAUGCAUCUGUUGAAUGUUAUAAAGCCUCAAUUAAAUACAAACCUCGUAUAGCUAAAAUUUGGAGUGUGACUGGACAAAAAAAAGUUGUAUUAGCUAUAGGCAAUGGUGAAAAAGGACUUACAGAAUUGUCAAAAGUUGCUAAAUCUUAUAAGGUACUCUCUUGUAUCAUACAUGAUGCUGGAGCUACUGAAAUAAAAUCUGGAACUCCUACUGUAAUUGGCAUUGGACCAGAUAGUUCUGAUAUUAUAGACAAAAUUACUGGCCAUUUAAAAUUAAUUUGAAAUAUAGAAUUUAUACUAUGUAAUUAAAAAGUAAAAAAAU